GGUAUUUCUGUCGUAUUCUCUGUAAGUAUCGAAUGAUAUAAAGAUGAGUUAAUUCCACAAGACUAACAGAACGGCAGGUGACGGAGGGCACUUUCUAACAUUCUGUUGACUUCGGAAUUGCAUUGGCAUCGUAUACUUUGGUUGAUCGAACACCGGGCGCGAAGUCUCUUUCCCUGAUAAAAGGACGAUUCUAUUACCGCAGAACGGACAGUGUCGUUGAAGAGUUCUUGGAGCACAAAUUUUCGAGCCUUUAACAAGGUGAAUUGGACACCGUAUUAUUCUUUUGGCACAACGAAAGACCUAUAUAGGCAGUUGAGUGACUACGAGUCCACGCUACUGGUUCGAACUGGAAAUUGAUAUUGCAUUCUUUUGAGGUCCCUCCACUGUACCAGCAUGGGGACGGCAUCAGAUGAGGAGGACUACGUGCCCAGCGACGCAGAAGACGCUGUGGCAUCAGAGCACGAAUCAGCCGGAGAUGACUCUGACGCCUCGUCGCAUCGCCUACCACGCCAGCCCACAAGCCGAGGAGGCAUUUCCGAUGGAGCAGAAGAAGAGUCAGACGCAUCAUCUACCCCAUCGAUCUCCAGCACCUCCCGCAAGCGCCCAGCCCACCACCUCGCCCCUUACGCUGGCGCGCCGCUCAAACGCCAACGGCGCACCUUCAAUCCGGACUACCUAUCUCUUCUGAACCAGGACAUCGCGGACGCAUCGGCUUCCCUGAUCGCCCCGGACACGCUCGACCUCAGCCCCUCCCAGAUCGGCGCCGUGCGAUGGACCGCCGUGGAGAAGGAAGCCUUCUUCUCGGCGCUGGGCCGCCUCGGCCGAGAUGACCUCCCCGGCAUCGCCGCGCGCAUGGGCUCCGCGUCGAAGGGCCCGCUGGAAGUGCGGCAGUACAUGAUGCUGCUCGAAGAACGGACGAGGCAGCGGCGCGCAGACGGGGAGCUGAGGCGCAGGACGCCGAGGCCCGCCGAGAUCCCCGCCGCUACGGAGGUGAGCCAUGAAUGUGCGGUGGCGCUGGAGGAGGCAGCGGAUGACUUGGCACUGAGGCAGGAGAACCAUGAGGUCGGCGUCGAGGAGCGACGGUGGGGAGAUCGGUGGCUGAUCACGCGGAAGGUCCGCGAGGAAGAGUUGGGCGGGGAGGGGCAGGAAGAUGGCAAUGAGAUGCCAUUUCUCGAGUUCUUCAACGUGCGGACCUGGCUCAGGCUGUCGGAGCGCGUCUUCAUGAACUCGGUGAUCCCGGAUUACAACUGGCAGUACGUGUCGGAAGAGCCGCCGGCGAUCAGGGCCACGGCGCUUUCGGACUUCCAUGCCUUGGUUGUCAGUGUUACGAAACGUCUGGUUGCGAGCACGCUUUUUAUGGCGGGUAUGCGGAUCAAGGCGCACAAAGAGUACAUGCCAUUCACGAAGAAUCUGGUCAAGCCCAAAGAUGUCAAGGCCGCUCUUGACUCGUUAAAUAUGAAGACGGACAGUCGCGAUUUCUGGGCCAGAGCUCCGCGAAGACUUCGGUUAGACAUCAUGGCAGAAGAGCAAGAAUCUUCGGAGAAUAUCGCAGAAGAAGAGAGCGAGGCAGAGCUUGCUAUGUCAUAUGAUGAAGUUGAAGCUGCGCUUGGAGUAUCUAGUGUCAAUGACACCGUCACCCUUGAAGCGAAAGAAGCCAACUCCGAUGCAGAAGAAGGGUCAGAUGUCGACUCGGAUCUUUCUUCACCGGAAGACGACGGGCUAGCUGCAGAAAUAGGUGACCAAGGCAAUAUGGGAAUAGACAACAGCCUCGACGAGGAAGCGAUCAAGCACGACAUGCGUGAAGCCAUGUACUUCUCGGCAGAUUACCAAUUCACAACACGAGCGCGGCAGGGCUUGCAAGGACGAAUCGAAGCGGAACACCGGAUGGAAGCAGAAGCUGAUGAGCAGGACUUCCACUUCAGUAGACAUGAGGAAGCAUUGUUAUGGAGCAUACUGCACAGGACUGAUCCUCCAGCAGAGAUACCUGCGAGAGACGAGAAGGCGACAUUAUCUGUGUGGACAUUCGGCUUGACGCCAGCCGCUCCGAACUGGAGAGAAAACACUCCCUAUAUUAGUGAAUGGGAGGUGCAGUAGAUGGAGAUAUUGCCACAAAUGCCGCGGUUGACGCAGCACUGCAAACAGCACGUAUCUGAAUGCUAAUGAGAGAGUCACUU